UUGUUGUACACAGGGCAAGUAAAGGAGAAGACUUUUCGAAGCAACCUUGUCUGAAGAUGAACAAUCUUUCAAAGGACUUGUUGGAGGAGAUCCUCUCUAGGGUUCCGACGACAUCUCUGAGAAAAGUCCGAUCCACUUGCAAAAAGUGGAACACUUUAUCCAAAGUUGAAACCUUUACAAAGAAGCACCUUGCUCAAUCACCACCAAGAACAAGUAAAGGUACUCUCAUUAGCCUGAACAGUUCAGAUAAACUCGAUAUCACUCAGGUAUAUCACUGCGAGGGUUUACUGUUAUGCGUCACUGAAGACUACGCAAGGCUCGUGCUUUGGAACCCUUAUACAGGGGAAUCUCGUUGGAUAUGCGUUGACCAUAGUAAGUAUGCUCAUGCUCUCGGAUUCGAAGAGGGCAACCCGUGCCGUGCAUAUAAGGUCUUGAGAUUUGCUCAUCAUGUGCAUGAGAUAUACGAUGUAAGCUCUGAUUCUUGGAGGGUUCUUGAUGUCACUCCAGACUGGAAGAUGGAAGUGGACAGUGAGUCUAAUUCUAAUAACUAUGGCGUGUCUUUGAAGGGAAACGUGUACUGGUUUGCUCAAGACAAGGAAGCAGGAGGAAACGUUCCCGGUUUUAUACUCUGUUUUGAUUUCACAACAGAGAGGUUUGCUCCGCGUCUGCCUCUGCCUUUUGAGUCUUAUUUUGAAGAUGAGGUAACUCUAUCUAAUGUUGGAGAAGAGCAGCUUGCUGUGUUGUUUCAGAACUUGGAUACUUAUGAGAUGGAGGUAUGGGUUACGACCAAGGUUGAGCCUAAUGGGGUGUCUUGGAGCAAGUUCUUGGCGGUGGAUAUGUCGCCACUCACUUGGUUUCAGUUCUUUACUGGUGGGAGUUUCCUUAUUGAUGAGGAGAGGAGAGUCGUAGUUGUUUUUGAUGGAGAUAAAAAUGUAUCGGAAACUAGUCGUAACAUAGCUUACUUCAUUGGAGAAAAUGAUUACUUUAAGGAAGUUGAUCUCGGAGAAGUUACUACAUGCGAAGUGUUCCCUCAUGCCUUCUCUUAUGUUCCAAGUUCAGUUCAGAUCAACUAAACUGCAUGAGAAGUUGUGAACCACAUGUCAUGUUCAUCAUUCCCUUUACAAUACCUUAUAAGUUUAUUUCCUUAGCACAUCGUUUUUGUUGUUUGAUUUCAGUUUUUGAACAUGAUUUCUUGUAAUUUUUAUUGUAUGCAGUAUGAAAAGUAAAUAAACUUGUUAUCAGUUGGAGAAGAAAA